CGGGCUCGGGCGGGCCGAGCUUUCCGGGCGGCGGCGACGGCGGCGGCGCGCGGCGCUCGACCUGCAGGGACAGGAUCUGCAAGAAAUGAGCUUUUAGAAGACACUGUAUUGCACGGGCAAUAGAACCACAAGCUGAAAAGACCCUUAGAAAUCAUCUUCAGAUGGGGCUAUUUUACAGAUGAGAAAACCAAGAUCCAAGAAGGAGAGAAGAUUUUCCAAAGUCACAUAGCAAAAAGAGAAGUGGUUGGUCUCGUGGAAAGUACGUCUGCACCCAGGACAGAGCACCCUCGAACCAGCUUGGAGGACCUUCAGAGGAGCCUGUCCUAGUGGCCUGAGACAACUGUCCUGCUGGGUCAAGAUGACCACAGCCACCCCUGUGGGGAAUGCUCCCGUCUCACUGAAUGUCACCAACAGGGAAGAAGACUUUCUAUACAAGAGUUCUGGAGCCAUUGUUGCUGCCGUUGUGGUUGUUGUUAUCAUCAUCUUCGCUGUGGUUCUAAUCCUACUGAAGAUAUACAACAGGAAAAUGAGGACAAGGAGGGAGUUGGAGCCCAAGGGCCCCAAGCCAGCCCCAGCUUCUCCCCCGGGCCCAAACAGCAACAGCAGUCAGCACCCAGCCACUGUGACCUUCAGCCCUGUGGACAUCCACGUGGAGACGCAGACUCGAUGACCCAGCCUGGUUCUCUCUCCACCACUGUCUGAAGAAACUCUGCAGGCAAGACCAUGAAGCACUUUCUCAUCCGGCAGCUUCACUAAGUGCUUUCCGGUCGGGUGGACAGGGACCUCUCUUAUGCCAUCCCUGAUGCUUCCAGCACCUGCACCUCUGUCCUGCCCUGCUCCACUCCCACUGUGUCCUUAUCCCUGAAGUUACCUUGCCUCAAAGCCUUGGAAUGCUCCUUUGUCAUCUGAUGAAGUAGAGCCGUGUAGGGAAUACUCUGAUGGGAGUGUGGCUCUCCCUCCCACCCCUCCAAACAACUUAAGGGUGCCUUUGGGGUGCUGGUGGAACCAGGGCCCUGUACACAGCUUGGCAAAACAAAAUCCUCACUUCCAAAACCAGGAACAGAGGAACUAACUUGAACUAACCAGAAUGACAGCUGGUUUAUUUGUGAUUUGUUCUACUACUAGAUGGCUGCUCACUGGCUCAUAAUGACCAAUAAAUGCAGGGUUUUUUUCCCCUCUUCAAAAACAGAGGAAAUACGGAAUUCUCAAAAGGCUCCUAUUCAUUAGUCAAAGGUUAGGAGGGUCAGUGAGAUAGUACAGUGGGUAUGAUGCUUGCCUUGCAUAUAGCCAACCCCAGUUUGAUCCCUGGUACCCCAUACGGUCCUCGAGUCCCCCAGGAAUGAUCCCUGAAUAAAGAGCCAGGAAAGUGUCUCCAGGUAUAACCCCAAACCAAAAUAAGUUAGGAGGCAAAGGGAGACUUCAAACAAUGAUGGCUUCCGAGACAAAAGUUUGUUGCCAUGUCCAUAGGCCUGGAACCCACCUGAAGGCCGGUCAGGACCUCUCCUCCCGACUCUGUCCCCCUGGCGCUGGAGUAACUCUCCCUCGGUCUCACUGGCUGCCCUCAGAAUGGCUUUUGAACAGUCUUCACUUUCCCAUUACUGCUUUAUCUCCAAGGGCCAGUGUUUGGAUAUCAAUCGAUUGCAACGCUCUGUUCCUGGUCCCCUUGAAGAGAUUGGGACAGGUUCCAAGAAGCAUGUUCACAGACUGCUCUCCAUAGGGAGCAGACCUGAGAGGGGAAAGCUGGUAGGAAUUAAGAAGACUUGCCUUACAGGCCCGAGUGUGUGACCUCCGACAUGUGACUCAUCCUCUCUAUAUUUAGCUCCUAACAGUGACAUGCUAACAAAUGCCUCCUCAGGUUUCCAGGAACCAAGGGCUCAGGAGAGUGUCAGGGAGCACCGGCUGGUGCCUGAGAGCGAGCCAGCAUUACUAUGGCGGUAUUUUCUCCACUGCAAGAUGUGUAUUUCCUCAUAUUUUAAUGAUUCCAAUAACAGAAUGUGCCUUAAACUUGGUGAAUCCAUUCGUAUUACCCCUGUUGGGGGCGGGAGGAAGCUAAUUUUUAAUCAAUUGUGCCUCUUACAAUGGAAAGAAACUUGGAAACAUGAUGAUGAAUUCUUAUUCUAUGAUAAAAGUGACACAGUGUGGGGCUGGAGUGAUAGCACAGCGGGU